GUAAAUUUUACUUCCGUGUCUCAACUCCCAAGAAGAGCGGCAGCAGAGUCCACUCCGCACUGCGGAGAAGAGCCGCUCCUCCGUACGGCGCGCCGCGCUCCAGUCCACCGGCGUUGCCCGCCGUCGGCGACUCGGCCGUCCCCUCCCGGUGCUGCUAUUAUGGAAACAUACACUACGGAUGAUGCGCUUACAGUCAUGGGGUUUGGGAAAUUCCAAGCACUUGUUCUUGCAUAUGCAGGAAUGGGUUGGGUUGCAGAAGCCAUGGAGGUCAUGCUAUUGUCAUUUCUCGGACCCUUAGUGCGAGAAGAGUGGAGCCUCUCUGCCCGGGAUGAGAGCCUGCUCUCAAGUGUUGUGUUUGCUGGCAUGUUAACAGGAGCCUGUGCCUGGGGCUUUGUUUCAGAUAGAUAUGGAAGAAGGACCGUUUUAUUGUUCUCAACUCUGCUUACUAGUGGACUGGGUUUUCUAAGUGCUUUAUCUCCUAACUAUUUAUGCUUGCUGGCUCUCCGGUUAUUCGUCGGCAUAGGAGUAGGUGGUGGGCAUGUAUUUGCAUCUUGGUUUUUGGAGUUUGUUCCAGCAGGAAAUCGUGGCACUUGGAUGGUUAGUUUUUCCUUUUUUUGGACUGUUGGCACGAUCUUGGAGGCUUCACUGGCAUGGGUUGCACUAUCAGCAUUGAGUUGGAGGUGGUUGCUAGCACUGACUGCGCUUCCAUGCUUCCUCUUGCUUCCUUUCUUCGGAAUUACACCCGAGUCACCACGCUAUCUUUGCGCUCGAAAUAGAAUAUCUGAUGCAACGCUUGUCCUGGAGAGAGUGUCCAAUGCUAACCAAGUAGCUCUUCCUCUGGGAGUUCUCGCAUACCAUCGAGAAACGAAAGCCGACCACAUUACUCGUAUUUCUGAGGAUGAACACCUUAUUCCAGUCAGAGAGAAGGAACGUACAGUUGUGAAUGCCAUCAGCUCCAAAUCUGGUGGUAUUGCUGCAUUGCACCAGCUAUUAUCUCAUAACUUGCUCAGAUCGACUCUUCUUCUUUGGUUUGUUUACUAUGCAAGUUCCUUUGCUUACUAUGGGAUAGUAUUACUGACAUCACAACUAAGUGAUGCAAAUAGAAGCUGUAAUUCUGGUCUCAUAUUUGAAGUGCACCAAAAAGAAGACAAUCUUUACAAAGAUACUUUUAUCACUAGUUUUGCAGAGAUUCCGGGCUUGAUUUUGUCUGCUGUGCUUGUUGAUUGGUUUGGCAGAAAAGUGUCAAUGUGGUGCAUGCUGUUCGCAUGCUGUGCUUUCCUUGGACCACUUGUACUUCGUCAGAAUGAGUUGUUGACGACUACUCUUCUAUUCUGUGCUCGCGCGUGUGGCACGGGUAGCACCACGGUUUUAUGUUUAUAUGCUCCAGAGGUGUAUCCAACAUCUGUGCGCUCAACCGGUGUCGGAAUUGCAACCGCCAUUGGUAAAAUCGGUGGGGUUGUUUGCCCUCUUGUCGCGGUCGGCAUGCUGCGGAGCUGCCACCAGAUGGAAGCCGUCCUGGUGUUUGAGCUGGUGUUAUGCCUCGCUGGAGUCGCAUGCAUUCUCUUUCCUGUGGAGACCAAGGGCCGCGAAAUCGGCUGAUGGUUUGAAGUCAAAAACACUUCGGUGUCCAGAUAGGCCUGUAGUUCAUCACCAUUCAUCACUGAUAUCAUGAUUGUGUAUAGACAACGUUAUGUACGAAAAUGUUUAGUGUGGAGAUGGAAUGUGCAGACAUAAACUAAAAUGAAUAACAAAAAAAGAUGUAAAGAUAAGUAGUAUUUGUAAUAGGAUUCUGUAAAACCGCCUCAUUAAGCGGACAAAUUGGAAAUGAACUUGUAGUGGACACUCAAGAUAACUGUAGAGAAUAUCCUUCGGGAUAUGCCCAGAGCCAAUUCAUUGGGGUACACGACUUGGUGACAAGGUUGUCGCAUUCUAAAUUUUGUUGUAAUUACCUGAGCAGCCUUUUGUUGGGCAAGGUUUUGAACACAUCAGACUUGGCAGGUGGUUUGUAACAAAUGCAAUAAGGAAAGCUUUGAAAGGGAUGGCUGAUA